AACAUAGCUACCCUCCCAGUGGUGAACUUCUAAAGAAAAUGACGAGGUAUCUAUACCAAAAUAAAAGAAUACCAGCAGAUUUGGAUAUAGAUUUGAUAUCCAAGACAAAUGUUUAUCCAAAAAGGCUGUGUCCUAUUGAAGACGAAUGCAAGUUUUGCUCAAGUGCUUUGACUGAUGCCAUUAGGUACACCUCUAAUGGAAAGCUUUUAACUACUGGUACAGAACGUCUCAUAGAGGGUGUAGAAGUGUACAUCAAAAUUUGUCRUAAGUGUUCACUGCCUUACCGCUACCAGGAGUAUUCAGAUGGAAUACAUAAUUAUAAUGAUUAUUGGGUUUUUAGUCUUGGUGUCUUGGAUCUUCUCAGACAGUUAUUCAAGGUGCACACAGCUACAAGCCGUGUUACUGAGGCUCUUGAARGUUGGCUGAGACUUGAAAAGGGUACUUUACCACAGAGUAUAAUUAGAAAUGCAUAUUUGCAUUUCGAAGCUCUAAGCAACCACAUCUAUGACUUCACAUGUGUGUUAUGUGGCCACCAUCCACCUGCUCUUGUACUUGAUGCUAAUAAGAAAGGAGCUUUUGAUUUGUCAG